UCGACCUCCAAUUCAAGUUAGUUUUACUAAGCUAUACUUGAAAUUUCGAACUCUAAAAUUGAAUUGAAUUCAAAUGUAAGUGAUACAACUUGAAAAGUGUGUCAUCAAACUCGUAAUCCACUCAACUCAACUUUAAACAUUUUAAAUAAUAAUAAUGAAAAAAACAGAAAAAAUAUCAAACAAUAAUAAAACCUUGGCUUCUAGUUCUAGUGCAAAGCGCCGAAGAGAAUUUCCCACUCGUCAAAGAUGUCAACAUAACAUGAUUCCCUAGUAUGAUUAUUCCCCUCAUUUCCCACCAUCAUAAGAUCUCCCUUCUAAGAUGCAUAUAUAUUGAAAUAGUAACAUUACACCUCUAUAAAUACUCCUAAUAUCAACCUCCUAAUUACAUAAUUAAUAACAUCUCUUAAUUAAACAAAACUUGCUUAGUUUCUCAAAAACCUCAAAUAUUAUUAUCUUUCUUUAUCACUCUAUAGAUCAUGUCUUCAUCCCUUUCAUUUCAUACACCAACUAAAAAUUAUGGUUUUCCUAACUCAUCAAAUGCAUCAAAAUCUUCUAUAAAAUGUGAUUCGAAUAAUCGAAAUUCAUUGUCGUUUGGUACUAGCCAAAGUUUAAGCACUAGCAAAGGCGAAAACAUCAACUUGGUGGCCACUCAUGUGGCCACUAGAUUGCCUCCUGUUGUUGCUCCUCCUCCUCCUCCACCUACGCCGAAAAAAGAAGAAACAAAGAAUGGUGGCAAACUAACUGCUUGGACAAGCAUUAGACAAGAAAGAUGGGAAGGAGAGCUUCUUGUUGAAGGUGAAAUACCCUCAUGGCUGCGUGGAACAUAUCUAAGGAAUGGUCCUGGCUUAUGGCAUAUGGGAGACCACCAAUUCCGGCACCUCUUUGAUGGCUAUGCCACCCUUGUCAAACUUCACUUCGAGAACGGAAGGCUGGUUGCUGGUCACCGGCAACUUGAAUCAGAGGCAUAUAAGGCGGCAAGGAAGAACAAUAAAAUUUGUUAUAGGGAGUUUUCUGAGACUCCUAAACCCAAGAAUUUUCUAGCUUACAUUGGUGAAUUGGCCAAUCUAUUCUCUGGUGCUUCACUUACUGAUAAUGCUAAUACAGGAGUGGUGAAACUUGGAGAUGGACGAGUAGUUUGCCUAACAGAGACACAAAAAGGGUCAAUAAUAAUUGACCCUAACACAUUGGAAACGUUGGGGAAAUUAGAGUUUGAUGACCCCUUUCAAAGGCUACUUUUGCAUUCAGCUCAUCCUAUUGUAACAAAAGAUGAGAUGUUGACUUUGCUCCCAGAUUUGGUCAACCCUGGUUAUCUAGCGGUCAGGAUGAAAGCAGGAUCAAAUGGACGGCGAGUGAUUGGGAGAAUCAACUGUCGCGGUGGGCCCACCCCAGGGUGGGUCCACUCUUUUCCGGUCACUGAGAAUUACAUAAUUGUGCCGGAGAUGCCCUUAAGAUACUGUGUAAAGAAUUUGUUAAGGGCUGAGCCUACCCCACUUUACAAGUUUGAGUGGCACCCUCAAUCUAAAGCAUUUGUGCAUGUUAUGUGUAGAUUCAGCGGAAGCUUGGUGGCUACUGUUGAAGUGCCCUUGUUCUUGACAUUUCAUUUCAUAAACGCAUAUGAGGAAACAGAUGAAGAAGGCAACGUAACCGCAAUCAUUGCAGACUGUUGUGAACACAAUGCAGAUACUUCUAUCCUUGAUAAGCUAAGGCUCAAGAAUUUACGCUCCUUCCUAGGUCAAGAUGUACUUCCAAGUGCAAGGGUUGGUCGUUUCAUAAUUCCAAUGAAUGGGAUGCCAUAUGGGAAGCUAGAGGCAGCAUUGGACCCAGAGGAGCAUGGGCGAGGCAUGGAUAUGUGUAGUAUUAACCCUUCUUACUUGGGCAAAAAAUAUCGUUAUGCUUACGCUUGUGGAGCUCGUCGCCCUUGUAACUUCCCCAACACUCUAACUAAGGUUGAUUUGAUUGAGAAGAAGGCAAAAAAUUGGUAUGAAGAGGGUGUUGUGCCUUCUGAACCUUACUUCGUGCCACGCCCAGGGGCAACCGAAGAAGAUGAUGGAGUGGUGAUAUCAGUGGUCAGUGGAAAAAAUGGAGAAGGAUAUGCAUUGCUUCUUGAUGGCUCGACCUUUGAAGAGAUUGCACGAGCCAAAUUUUCUUAUGGUCUUCCUUAUGGUUUGCAUGGAUGUUGGAUUCCUAUGGAUUAGUUUUCCUUUUAACAUAUUCUAGAUGGCUAGCUACAAGCUACGUACUCGCCUCCAAGCCUAAGAAGAACAACAACAAGACUGUUAUGGUACGAGUUCGAGCCUAUCACCGAUGAAUAUCCCUCCAAUAAAAUUCUAUCAUUUGCUUCGCGCUAGGAGGCCAAUCAACGAUAUGGACUUGCACGUUAUAAUUAUAUCUUAUGUCAUUUUUUGGAAGUUAGUCUUCAACUAUAUACAUGUUUGUACAAUGUGUCAAUGUACAUACGUUUACAUGUAAAUAAGUUAUAGUACGUGUAAGGUAAUACCAGUCAAAAAAAACAAAAAAAAAUUAUACGAAGUAUAAGGUAGUAGCUUCAUGCAUAUAGUUUGUCCUUCUGUAUGUACUUUGUUACUCAAUCUAUAAUUUUAUGCUUACAUUUCA